AUGAAGUUGUGUGAGGUGGGGCGAGGCGGGGCGCAUGGAGUGGCAGUGCAUGGAGUGGCAGUGCGUGGAGUGGCAGUGCGUGGAGUGGCAGUGCAUGGAGUGGCAGUGCGUGGAGUGGCAGUGCGUGGAGUGGCAGUGCGUGGAGUGGCAGUGCGUGGAGUGGCAGUGCAUGGAGUGGCAGUGCAUGGAGUGGCAGUGCGUGGAGUGGCAGUGCGUGGAGUGGCAGUGCGUGGAGUGGCAGUGCAUGGAGUGGCAGUGCGUGGAGUGGCAGUGCGUGGAGUGGCAGUGCAUGGAGUGGCAGUGCAUGGAGUGGCAGUGCGUGGAGUGGCAGUGCAUGGAGUGGCAGUGCGUGGAGUGGCAGUGCGUGGAGUGGCAGUGCGUGGAGUGGCAGUGCGUGGAGUGGCAGUGCAUGGAGUGGCAGUGCAUGGAGUGGCAGUGCAUGGAGUGGCAGUGCGUGGAGUGGCAGUGCAUGGAGUGGCAGUGCAUGGAGUGGCAGUGCGUGGAGUGGCAGUGCAUGGAGUGGCAGUGCAUGGAGUGGCAGUGCGUGGAGUCACAGUGCAUGGAGUGGCAGUGCAUGGAGUGGCAGUGCGUGGAGUGGCAGUGCAUGGAGUGGCAGUGCAUGGAGUGGCAGUGCGUGGAGUGGCAGUGCGUGGAGUGGCAGUGCAUGGAGUGGCAGUGCAUGGAGUGGCAGUGCGUGGAGUGGCAGUGCAUGGAGUGGCAGUGCGUGGAGUGGCAGUGCGUGGCGUGGAGUGGCAGUGCAUGGAGUGGCAGUGCGUGGAUUGGCAGUGCAUGGAGUGGCAGUGCGUGGAGUGGCAGUGCAUGGAGUGGCAGUGCAUGGAGUGGCAGUGCAUGGAGUGGCAGUGCGUGGAGUGGCAGUGCAUGGAGUGGCAGUGCAUGGAGUGGCAGUGCGUGGUGUGGCAGUGCAUGGAGUGGCAGUGCGUGGAGUGGCACCACGAUAGGCGGGGCGGGGUGGGGAGCAUGGCCUUCAAACACCCUUCCACCCACCCAACACCCUUCCACCCACCCAACACCCUUCCACCCACCCAACACCCUUCCACCCACCCAAUACCCUUCCACCCACCCAACACCCUUCCACCCACCCAAUACCCUUCCACCCACCCAACACCCUUCCACCCACCCAACACCCUUCCACCCACCCAACACCCUUCCACCCACCCAACACCCUUCCACCCACCCAAUACCCUUCCACCCACCCAACACCCUUCCAACCAGUCCAAUCCCCCCCUCCCUCUACACCUGCAGCAGCACACCAAUGGGGUGCCUCACACACACAGUGGCGCGCUCGAUUGA